UGGGGCCGUGAUUACUGUCAUUCGGGCUGUGUGGCCAGACGAACCUCAACUACCCUCGAAAGGAACAACGCCCCGGCUAUCUUUACUCCUCCAACGCAUAAGCGCUAUAGCCUUCCUCCUGGUGUCAAGCUUCGCCGUUAAACUUCUGGAUUUGGACCAUCUGUUCCUUCAAGAUAUAAACCGCCAGAUCUUCCUUUAGAAAAAUCAUCUCGUCACUUAAGCACGCACAUUCAUCUCCAAACACCUCCACUCCAAAUCGGCCCCCUCACAUUCAUCACCAUGGUCAAGAUCACAUCUUUUGCUGCCCUUGGGCUUCUCGCCUUCGCUGGACAAACUGCCGCUGCCACUGUCAAGGUCAUGCCUUUUGGAGCUUCAAUUGUUACGGGAUGCUGGCGCGCAAACCUCUGGCGUAAAUUGCAAAACUCCGGCAUUACCAACGUCGACUUCGUAGGCUCGGUCAAGGGUGGAGACUGCGGUUUCCCCUUCGACGCCGAGCACGAGGGCCAUUCCGGCUUCCAGGCCACUGGCAUCGUCGCCAACAACCAACUUCCUGGCUGGCUUAGUGCCGCAAAACCCGACAUUGUCAUGAUGCACUUGGGCACCAACGAUAUCAUCCAGGGCAAGACGACUCAGCAGACUCUCGAUGCCUACACUGCCCUCGUAGGCCAGAUGCGCGCAAGCAAGGCCACCAUGAAGAUCUUGGUCGCUCAACUCAUCCCAAUCCAACCCGGCAAAUUCGGUGACUCCUCUACCCGCAUCCAGCAGCUCAACGCCGCCAUCCCAGGCUGGGCAGCUGGAAUCUCGACCGCGCGCUCGCCCGUCAUCGUCGUCGACCAGAACACCGGCUUCAACACCAGCACCGACACCACCGACGGAGAGCACCCCAACGCAUCUGGAAACACUAAGAUCGCAGAUCGCUUCUACACCCCGCUCGCGUCAGCUAUCAAGACUUCAGCUGUCAUCUAUCGUCCAAGGUAAGAGGGAUUGGGUACAUGUACUCCCAAUUACCCUUUUCGGACGUUUCUUUUCACGGUUUCCUCCAUGAAUGCGUUGAUUGGAGAGAAACGCUGGAGAACCAUUGUUUGCGUUUUCUUUAUUUCCUUUCUUGUCUAUUUCUUUUCUCAUGUUUUGGGAGUUGUUUGCGUAUACCCAUGACAUAUCGCUCGUUUCUCUGUCUGGCGCUGUGUAUUAUUUGUUUUUGAUAGCACUGUACCACCACUGUGUUGCAUUACAAAACGGAUAGAGGGUGACGAGGAACAUGAUGACUAUCGAGCGUUGAAACGAUCGAGUGAGAAGUUUGUGGAAACGAAAGUCGUCGCGCUUGCGUUGCAAAAAGAUACCCAACCUAGACAUUC